AGAUAACUGCGACGUUUUCGUUGGGCGAUGUAACGGACAGUUGUAUCGCAUCGUAUUGCAUAAAUAGGCGUCCCUGCCAAAGUCUGGAGUACUUUCUUUCGACUUGAGACUUUUUGAGCUUUUGGUGGGCAUUUCUCCUCGAUUUACUCAAAUUUGGGAGACGUUACAUGGCCCUGAACGAAACUCAACUAGUCCGGCAUUUCGGAGGGCAGUAUUGCCUAAUGCACGUUUGAAUAGUUUGGUGGUCGUCUUGCUUUUCCAAGAAAAGCACCAAAUUUUGUUGUUGGCGUGUGAUGUGCUCUAGUGUAUGCUGCUAAAGAGCACCAGAAUGGCUUCGAGCUCUCAAGCGGAUGGUGAAAGUGCCCAAGUAGGGCAGUGCUCUGCAAGCAUACCAAAUGGUGACAGUGUCUUAGAUAGUAAUAAGAACUAUGUAAAUGACCAGAGCAAGUUUAUCUCAGGUGUGGUAGAAGGUUUCUAUGGCCGACCAUGGACAGCUGAACAAAGGAAGGAGCUUUUUGGAAAGAUGAAGCGCUGGGGCAUGACGUCGUACCUGUACGCGCCCAAGGACGAUUACAAGCACCGGGCCUACUGGCGGGAGAUGUACACGGUAGAGGAAGCCGAGCACUUAACGUCGCUGAUCCGCACAGCCCACCAGCACGGCGUCACAUUCAUCUAUGGCCUUUCGCCCGGCAUGGACAUCACAUACUCUAGUCAAAAGGAGAUGGCCGCGCUAAAGCGCAAGCUGGACCAGGUCUCUCAGUUUGGUUGUGUUGCCUUUGCACUACUCUUCGAUGAUAUCGACCCCGAGAUGCGCGAAGACGACAAGCAGGUCUUUCAGUCCUUUGCACAUGCUCAGGUGACCGUCACCAACGAGAUGAACGACCACCUGAGCCGGCCGCAGUUCCUGUUCUGCCCGACCCAGUACUGCGCCACGCGCGCCAUCCCCACAGUCACCGGCUCCGAGUACCUGCGCACCAUCGGCAGCAAGCUGGCGCCCAACAUCGACAUCAUGUGGACCGGUCCGAAGGUGGUGUCGAAGGUGCUCUCGGUCGAGUCGAUAGAGGAGCUGCGCGAGGUGCUGAAGCGGCCGCCCGUCAUCUGGGACAACCUGCACGCCAACGACUACGACCAGAAGCGACUCUACCUGGGGCCGUACUCGGGCAGGCCGGUGGAGCUGCGGUCCCGGCUGCGCGGCGUACUGACCAACCCCAACUGCGAGUACGGCGUCAACUACGUGGCGAUCCGGACGCUGGCGCACUGGGCGCAGUGUCGGCGGGACGGGGAGCCGCCGCGGCCGCCCAACGACCCUCUGUCGGCCGACAUCCGGCUGGAGACGGAGUCUGAGGAGGGGGCCGAGCCGCACCAGGUGCCACCCGACGUCUACCACCCGCGCCACGCGCUACGCAUGGCGCUGCGCGAGUGGCUGCCCGAGUUCAACAAGGCGCGCACGGCGCACGGUGCGCUACAGCAGCGCGUGCUGACGAUCACGCCCGGCGCGCUGGAGGGACCAGCGCCGGUGCCCAUCCCCGGGAUCAACACGUGCAUGGCCACCACGUCGACGGUGACGACGGACACCACGUCCGUGCCGGCCGGCACUGUCAAGCAGCUGCAGGCCAUCGCCGAGGCGCAGAUUAUCAAGGCGGAGGAGGUGGUUGGCGUAACGGGGCCCGUACUCAACUCGCUGGCGGACGCCGAGAAGAUCGUGGUGCCGAGCACGCCCGGCGAGCUGGCCGAGCAGCCGGCUGAGCCGGGGCCGCCCUGCGAGCCCAUGGAGUGCAACAGCGCGCCUGCCGACGCCGCCGACAAGGUGGAGCCGGCGGCGGAGGCGGCGCCCGGCGAGCCGAUGGCCGUGGAGUCAGGGCCGGCGCGGCCGCCCGACAUGCAGCUGGAGCCAGGCCCGGACGGCGCCGCAGCGCCCGCCGACGACUCCCCCGCCAGCGCCACCAUGUCCGUCGAGGAGGAGGAGGAGGACUUGACUGAGGACGACCUGAUGGUGAUGUCGGACCUCUUCUACCUGCCGUUCGAGCAUGGUGCGGCCGGCCUCCGGCUUCUCAAGGACUUCCAGUGGCUCAAGUCCAACUGCAGCCUGGUGGUGCCCUACGCCAGGAAGGGCAAGAUCGACGAGUCCCUACCGCCAGAGGCGCGUGAGUGGUACGACCGGGCGGCCGCCUUCGACGCCAUGGCCAAGCGGGUGAAGCGGCUUCUGAAGCGACUGUUCCUCUGCGAGAACCGCUCGCUGCUCUACGACCUGUACCCGUACAUCUGGGACAUGGAGUCGGUGCUGUCGCAGCUGAACGGCUACGUCCGGUGGCUGGCGAUGGGUGUCGUGUGCGACCUGGCGUCCAGCCAUGUCGAGGGAAACUAUACAUGGUUCACCAGGGGAUGGAAGGAGUCGUUCAUGUCGGGCGACAACGAGCCCUGGAUCUUCCGUGGCGGCCUCACGGGCGACCUCGAGCGGCUGCUGCCGCUGGACAACGCCAGCGACCUGAUGGCCAACAAGUCGCCGGAGCACCCGCUGACCAAGGUGUGCCUGGUGCGGCCGUACCGCGCCGCCGACGAGCAGGCGGUGCGCGCCGUCUGGCACCAGUGCAGUGGCGACACGCACCCCAGUUUCCAGCAGUACCCGGAGCUCAGCGCCGACAGGUGGGUGGCGCCGUUCCUGCUGCUGCAGCCGCAGCACUGCCUGGUGCUGGAGGACGACGACGAGACGGUGGUGGCGUUCGCCGCCGCCGCGCCCGACGCCCGCCAGCUGCACCGCCAGCUGGCCGUCUCCUGGUUGGAGGAGAUGCGGCUCAAGUAUCCGAUGCCAGACACGCCGCCCGCGCGCCGCUCCCCAGCUCAGAACUGCAUCGCGGCGCUGCACGGCGAGGACGCGCUGGAGCCGCCGGCCUGCUUGCUGGAGCGCUUCAAGGGCUGCAUGCGGCUGGCCGUGCUCCCCAGCGUGGCCGACUCCAGUCUGGUGAAGCGCCUAGCGGCCUGCAGCAUGGCCGUGCUGCGCACCUGCGGCUGCUUCGGCGCGCAUGUGCGCGUACCGGCAGACGACAUGGCGGCCCGCGAGCUGCUCACCAAGGUCACCUUUACCCCGGUGGACUCCCUGGACGGCGGCGACUAUGUCUUCUACGGACGGAACUUCUAGUGUAGCUGCCGGCCGCAGGGCGGCGUCACUCGCGCAUCGCGUGUGCUCGUUAUUUGUUGUGAUAUUCUGUUCGCAUCUGACGGUGAUGACGUAAGUGCUCCAGCCUGGCUCGGGUAUUCAAAUUGAAUGCGCGACAGUCCAGAAUAUAUAAGCCACAAUGGGGUAAAUAUAAUGGAAGUGUUCUAACCACCUAUGUAUUACCAGCCUUUCUGGGCCAUUGGAGAUCUGCUGGAUGGCAUGAUGAGAUCCCAGAUGUGGGUGGCCUAUCCAUUUUUGUUCCUUUUUGUGUGGUAAAUUGUAUUCAUUCCCAUUGUUUGGUGCUGAGCUGUCAGUACUGCACAAUAGCGGUAUUGUGAAAAUUAAGACUGCAGACAUUUUGCCCUGAUUCUCUUGAGAGCAGGUUGGAAUUGCCAUACCAUCUGACCAGCAUGUUGCUUUUGUCAGUCAUUUGUUUGAACUGCCAGUCAAAGCACAUUAGUUUUUGUAUGGUGCUUUGAAAUGUAGCUUUUCAGGUCGGGUGGAUCCUGUUCUCGUGUGAAGGGUGUCGUAUUGGCCCAGACAGUGGAGCAACAGUCUACCGAUUCGGCAAUACUCUGCAGAAACGGACCACCUCACUUUGUUAUAACCUGAUAGCCAAGUGUUGGAAAUCACGAGCUAUGAAAUGGCAUACCAAGCGCCACUUGUGAGAACAUGUCUUUGAUAAAUAUACAUGAAACAUACCAGGGUUAUUUGGCAUUGAUCUUG